AUGAUAAGUAAUCUAUCAAAUGAAGUUAAAACGUUUUCGUCUUCGAAAACUAUCGUAUCGGCUGCACGUUCACGUUUAGUUCGUGGUAUUCGAGAAUUAAAUUUAUUUUCGGACAAUCCGUUUUGGUCAUCAACAUUAACUCAUGCUGAACAAAUUCAUAGUACUCGACUUUUUUUAAUAUUAACUUUAAUAUCUCUUUUAGCCGUUAUUGGUUAUGCUAGCGCAUUUGUUCGCACAUAUGAUGUAACUCUAAAUGAAUUUUCUAUAUCUGAUUUCGAACAACUUGAAGCACGUUAUCCAACGACAUUUAAAGCUACAUGCACUAAAGUAUCAAUACCUUAUAGUAAAUUUUUGGAUUUAUCUGUUACAUUUCAUCAAGUUUGUUCAAGUCCAUUUAUUGAAAGACAAUGGAUUUCAUCUUUGUAUCACUCCAAUGCAACAUCUCAUAAUAUUUUAGAUUUUCGUACAUUCGCUUUUUCUCAUUAUCGUGCUCUUAGUUUACUAUGUCGAUUGGCACAUCAAGCUUUUAAUGAUAAUUAUCAUUCGUUUAAUUCUACUAAUUUAGUUGAGCUUCUAGCUUUUUCACGAGCUCAAUUUAAUGGUUUAGCUCGUGUUCUUGUUUCUAAUUUUCAAAAAAAUCUUUUAGCUAAUGAAAAACGAACAGCAAAAUUAAUGUCAUUAAUGAUUGCACAGAAUCGAUUACUCUCAGCUUUACGUACAAAUUAUUAUACGUAUUCUGUACCUGGCUCAAAAUCAUACAGAACAUAUAAUGCACUUUAUUUGGAACAAAAUGCAACUGAGGACUCACCUUGCGAUUGUAGAUUAAGAAACAAUCAAUGCACAUAUCCAGCCGGUGCUUUUUAUAAUUGGACGUCACUAGAAUUAGGAAAAUCAGCUAAAAAUAAUCCACGACCACAAUUUCAGGUAACCAAAUUUUCUUUUUUAUUAUUUAAAAGAAUUAUCAUGAGAAGGAGAAAAAAUUUAUUUAAAGUUUUGUAGAAAUAUGUUGAUUUUCAUGCAGAAUAAAACAGCAUCAAAAUAUCUGCCAUAAUGAUAAUAUCUGUAAAACAUCGUCAAACAUUCUCCAAUGAUCUCCACUUACUUUUAUAUGGGCUUUAUUCAAAAGUGUUUACACUAGGCUUCUUUAUAUCGAUAGCAUGUAUUCAGAUUUGUUCGGUGAUAUUACGUUUAUAUACUAAAAUGUUAUUUUAGUCCAAUUGAUUCGUUGAAAAAAAAAUGAUCUCAAUAUUGAAUUUACUGAAAAAAGAAACAAAACAUUCUUUCAUAUUUUUCGUUCAUUUUUUUGAUAGAAAAGUACUUUAAAUGAUAUGAUUUAAUCGGUUUUAGCUGAACUUGUUGGAAUAUCGAGAAAAACCGAUUUGGAAAGGUUUGACAAUGAAGUACAAUAGCUAUGGUCAUUCACUCCUGUUUGAAAAUAUGCCAUUCUUAUGAUUAGAAUACAUCUUAUGCGUUAAGCAAUUAAGUAGUUAAUUCGAAUGGAUGGUUGAUUGCAGAAAACCCCAUAAUACGCCAAUUCUUCAGAACACCCAAGUAGAGAUGUAUUGGGCUACCUUACUCUGUUUAGAAUGUUAGGAUAGGAAAAUAAUAAACAUACUUCAGAGCAGUGUAGUGCUAAGGUCAGAA